AUGUGGUAUGGAUUGACAUUUGACCUGCGCUGUACCUGGGCUCCGGGGACAUUUCGACUUUUUGCUGUGUAUUCAUGUGUCCCCCUAAAACAUGACUUGUAAAUGCAUUUUUAAGUGUCUAAAUAAUAAUUUUUUCUACUUCUUAUGAGGUCAUUAUUUAUCUUUUGACCUGUAUUUGCUUAAACUGUAGUGUAAAUUCAUUUAUUAAACUAUAAUUAAAAGAUUUUCUGAUUUUCUUAAAAGUCCACCUAUACCCCUCACCUGAUUUUUGUGUAUUCCAGUGUAUUGCACAGCGACGUUUCGAGUUAGAGUGGAUGUGUGUAGGUACUGCAAUUUAAUACACAUUUUCAAUACACACGGCCGGAAGUCAUUGUGAUUGGUAGGCUAUAUAUAUAGGCGGUACCUACAGGAAACGGCGCCACAACUUUCGCGCGCGUGCCCUUUAACAAGUGUAUGUCGACGGCAAUACGAAGACGGAUUAAAAACACAAAGCCAAUCGUACAGGAGAACAUGCGAAGGAGACGCAUUCCUCCACGGGAGGAUGCAGUCUGUCAUGUUUCUGCUGGAAGGGACAAACUGGGACUUGAUAUCCACUACAUAAAUGCCUUCAAAGGUCGGGGCAUUUUCACGACUGUUCCAUUCCAAAAAGGAGACUUUCUUUUGGAAUACAGAGGUAAACUCAUAACAAAAGAAGAAUGUGAGCGGAGACACAGAGUUUAUCAUGACAGCCUGAAGGUGUUCAUGUUUGAAUUCAAGUUUGAUGGAAAACUCUGGUGUGUGGAUGCAUCUCAAGAAGAUGGGUCAUUAGGCAGACUUGUCAACGACAACCACAUCAGUCCAAGUGCUAAGAUGAAAAUAUUAAAUAUCAAUGGAAAGCCCCAUCUAUACUUAUUUGCAAGCAGAGACAUAAGUCCAGGUGAAGAAAUAGACUAUAAUUAUGGUGACUCGGAUUGGCUCUGGAGAUGCAAGACGGAGACCAGCCAGAUUCAGAAGACUGUGAGCUGCCUAAAGCCGCAACCAAACAGCUUUCCAAACAAUGAUCUGGACCUGAAACAUCCAGAGCCUGAAAGGGAUCUUGAUGAAGAAAUGCCUCAGCAAGGCUCAGAAGCCAUGCAUUCUUCUUCAGUGCAAGAUUUUGAAGAGACUGAGACCAGCCAGAUUCAGAAGACUGUGAGCUGCCUAAAGCCGCAACCAAACAGCUUUCCAAACAAUGAUCUGGACCUGAAACAUCCAGAGCCUGAAAGGGAUCUUGAUGAAGAAAUGCCUCAGCAAGGCUCAGAAGCCAUGCAUUCUUCUUCAGUGCAAGAUUUUGAAGAGACUGAGACCAGCCAGAUUCAGAAGACUGUGAGCUUGGUAGCAUGA